CCGACGGCGUACGUGGUCAUUCCAGGCCCGGGAGGGACCGGCCCUGUGUCCCGCAUGGAGUUGGACUCAGGAAGGAUGCGGGCUGGUUCCGACUGAGAGUCCGAACCUGGGGACCGGCCAGGCUCUGCGGAAAGCCGGAGCGAGCCCGUCCUCAGCAGCGCCUCGUGGGGCGGAGGUCCCCGGUGGCCCUGCUCCCGGGCUGGGGUGCGGUGGCGGGAGGCUGCCGCCAGCAUUUCACAGUCCCCCGCGGCCUUCCUGUUUACCCUCUGACCGGAAGCUGUCCAGGAAACACCCUCCCGAGCCCCUCGAGGGUGGACCAUGGGAGCGGGAGCGGGAGGGGGAGAGGGAUGGGCCCCAGGGAAAGCCCAGCGUCUCUCUGCUUGUGGGCGGGCAGUGGGCUGAACCCCUCCUCUUGGCUCGGCAGGAAGCAUGGCGCUCUGGCGGGCAUACCAGCGGGCCCUGAACGCCCACCCGUGGAAAGUUCAGGUCCUGACGGCCGGGUCCCUGAUGGGCCUGGGUGACAUUAUCUCACAGCAGCUGGUGGAGAGGCGAGGUAUGCGGAAACACCAGAUUAGCCGGACCCUGACCAUGGCCUCUAUGGGCUGUGUCUUUGUGGGCCCUGUAGUAGGAGGCUGGUACAAGGUUUUGGACCGGCUCAUCCCUGGCACCACCAAGGUGGAUGCUCUAAAGAAGAUGUUGUUGGAUCAGGGGUGCUUUGCCCCAUGUUUUCUAGGCAGUUUCCUCUCACUGACAGGGGCACUCAAUGGACUGUCAGCCCAGGACAACUGGGCCAAACUCCAGCGGGAUUAUCCUGAUGCCCUCAUCGCCAACUACUAUCUCUGGCCUGCUGUGCAGCUAGCCAACUUCUACCUGGUUCCCCUUUAUUACAGGUUGGCUGUUGUGCAGUGUGUUGCUGUUGUCUGGAACUCCUACCUGUCCUGGAAGGCGCAUCAGCUCUAAGCUUGCCUUGCAGUGAUGCAGCUUGACCCUGGAAUGGUCAGAUGACCUCAAAGUGGGCACAUCAGUUUUCAUGGGGUUUGGUUGCUGGUCAGAACGUAAUGGGGUCAGCACUAUGAAAUGGCCCGUUUCACUCUAAACUGUAAACGACUCCUUUUGAAUUCACUAAAAUCUUUAUUGUGGUCUUAGGCCCGCCACAUAAUAGGCAGUCCAUAGUAUUUGUUGGACCAUAUGAUCUUGGCAACUUUAGUUUAUGCCCAUAUCCUGGCAAAUGCCAUUUAUCCCCACUGUUCAUUGAUAUAGUUGUUUCUCCAACCAUUUCCAACCCUAGUGUAGCUCCAGUUCUUUGGGGAUCCCCUCAAACUCUUUAUGUGGUACUUCCAUAAAUAUGGAAUCCGGUACCUCUAUAAAAAUGUCAUCUGGAACCUGCAGAGGCCAUGAGUAAGACCAACAGAGAAAUACUAGGGAGUCAAUUUCUAGAGAUGGAAAGAAAAGCCUAGAGACCACCAAGCCGCCUUCACAGAUGAAGACAAUGAGGUCCACAGAAGUGAGGACCUGUCCACAGCACAAGUUGGUGGCAGAACAGAAACUUGAACCCAUGUCCUAGAGGUUGCACUUUUUUGUAUAACCCCAAGUUCAUAUGGUGGAAAACCCAAUGUCCAAGGUGACGGUAUUAGGAGGUGGGACCUUUCGGAGGUGAUAAGGUCAUGAGGGCAGAGCCCUCAUGGGAUUAGUACCCUUAUAAAAGCUGCCUGUGAGGACACAGCAAAAAAGUGCCAUCUAAACCAUUAAGCAGGUCCUCAGAAGACACCAAGUUCAUUGGCGCCGUGAUCUUGGACUUCCCAGUCCCCAGAACUAUGAAAAAUAAAUGCUCGCUUAUAAGCCA